AUGCUGUCUCUAUGGGCCGGGGCUAUCUUCCUUUGUGGAUAUAUUGUCAUAUGCGGAUUCCUCUCGCCCCUAUCUACGAUCCCGGGUCCAUGGUAUACUCGAUUCACAAGCUUGUGGAUUAAGUAUCAGGAGUUCACUGCAAAUCGAAGAGAAUCAAUCCAUCGCUUGCACAAGAUCUAUGGUCCCGUCGUCCGGCUAGGCCCCAAUGAAGUAUCAUUUACCAGCCUGGAUGCGAUUAAAGAAAUUUAUGCUUCAGGGGGCAGUGGGUAUGACAAAACCGAGUACUAUGAUCUUUUUAAACAGUUUAAGACCAAGACAAUGUUUUCUACUUUAUUGAAAGAUGAGCAUAGCAAAAGAAAACGCAUCUUUGCCGAUAGAUACGCUAUGACCAAUAUCAUGAAAGAAAAGCCCAUGGCUGUUAUCCACGAACGGGCCACGGCGUUUGUAUCUAAGUGUGCUGAGGCUGGCCAAAAGAGUGUGGAUGUUUACUCUUUGCUUCACUGCUAUGCCCUAGACUGCGUUACUCAUUUCAUGUUCAGUCCCGGUGGCCUGAGAUCUCUCAACGUAGCCGAAGACUUCGAAAUCAUGCACGAACUGACCUAUCAUCAGAGUCUCCAGAAAAACCUCCUAGAGUACUACCUCCCUUCAUUGGCACCCUAUUUCCCGAAAUUUCUUCACGCCCGCAGCGCCCCAAAGGCAAACCAAUACGUGCUAGACAUGGCAGGCCAAAUAGAGCUCGACGGCCACUCCCUGAUGGAGAAGCUCAAACGCAAAGAAUCAAACUUGGAACUAAUACAAGCCGCCGCAGAAUGCAAAGACCACAUGGCCGCCGGCAUCGACACAACGGGCGAUGGUCUGUGUUUCUUGAUGUGGGAGCUUUCACAGCCUCAGAACCUCUGUUUCCAGCAAAGUCUUUACAAAGAGCUUACCGCUGCACCAGCCAAUGCACCAUUGGAUAGCUAUGUGUAUCUCGACGCUGUCAUUAAAGAGGCGCUACGGUGUGCACCGCCUAUUCCGAUGUCUCUGCCUCGCUAUGUACCUGCUGGCGGGAGGGAGAUUGAUGGCUUCGUCAUUCCGGAGAAUACCAUUGUUAGUUGUCAGCCUUAUUCGGUGCAUCGGAUGAAUGAGAGUGUCUUCCCUGAGCCUGAUCGGUUCAAUCCUGAGCGGUGGCUUGUUGAGGAGGGAACUGCGGAGCGGAAUAGGCUUUUCUUUUCUUUUGCUACAGGUGGGAGGGGAUGUACGGGGAAAAAUCUUGCGCUUGUUGAGAUGAAGAUGCUGCUUCGGGAAGUGUAUUCUCGUUAUCGGACAACGGUGGCUUCGGAUAUGACUGCUUCGAUGAAGUUAGACGAUCAAAUUAUCUCUUCGAGGCCCGAAGGGCAGAGCUGUAAACUGAUCUUUACGGCUAUAGAGUGA